CAGUACUGCUGUGCACUGUUUGGCUUUCUGGCAUUCGACAUUUUUAAGGAUCUCGGUUUACAAGUCUUAAAUGGGGAGUUUUGCAGGACAUGUACUCCCAGGUGGGAUGCUCCUGUUCUUGGGACUGUGGUGGGGGAUAAAGUUCUCAAUGUUUCAAUUGACCCAGAAGAACAAGAACAGAAAGUGGCAACUAAUUUCUAGAUCCAACCAAAGAAGAUUGGAAAUAUUUGAGGGAUUCAUCUUGAUUGUCUUUGCAUCAGUUGGGGUUGUGUCCAUGCAGAUAGCAGGAGCAAAAGUACCAUUGUAUGACAACACAGAGAACCACUGGAGUGACAUGAUGAACUUGCAGCACUGCACCAUUUUUAUGUUCUUUGAAUUGGCAGGAGCAAUGACUCUUCUUGUUCACACCACUGAGGCUGUCCCUCUCGCUUUGGACAGACUUGUUCUUGGUCUGGCUUUCUUAAAUAAAGGUUUACUUAUAUCGUACCAUAUACAUGGCCAGAUGAUGGUGGAUGUCACGGUACAUCAACUCCUGGUCUACAUCAUCUAUGUGGAUGCUCUGAUCCUUUUUUUGGAAGUUUUCCACAGAGGAAACAUUACUCUCGAACUGAUGCGUUCCACUGUCUCUAUUGUCCAAGGGUCCUGGUAUUGGCAGAUUGGGUUUGUCCUCUGUCCUCAGGGGCCACAAUGGGACUUGAGCAACCACAGCAAUAUGAUGUUUGUGGUCAUGUUCUUCUCCUGGCACCUGAUGUUUGCACUGCUCUUUACUGGGUUGGUCUAUUGCACUGUCAGCUGCGUCCAUCCCAAUAAACACCAGUGGACUUCACCAAUGGAAAUGGGACUCUUAGAAAAAAUACCAAAGUCAGAGGAUGAAGGUUAAGUGGUAUGUGGUACAGUAGUACACAAGAACACAAACACAGAGAAUAAAAUCAUUUUAUCCCUGCACAGCCAGGUCUCUA